AUUGCUGAUACAGUUAUCCUCUGUUACGUUCCUUCAUUAGUGUAAUUCAAAAUGAAAUAGGUCAACAUUAGCUAUUAGCAACUAAGAUGAAAUGUACUAGUGUUCUUGGACGUUACUUUCUGAGAUAACGUUGAAUUGCUAACCUUAGCAUCUACUAUAGUAGCAUUAAAGAUAGUCUAGCAUGGUAUCUCGAAAUAGUAUAAGCAAAUCUUGAUCAAUAACGUCUACUACAUAUCUUAUAUGGAACUUUCUGAUAUUACAUCCACUUUGAUAAUUAUUCCUAUACCAUACAAACAUUGCGGAUAUUUCAACAAGGUAGUGAAAAAGAUUAUUAUUAACACCCACUAAUUCGCUUGGAAGUUACGCUUGAAAUUACUAACCUUGGCUUCUUCAUCUUGCUCUCUAGCAUGAGCUUGGUUUACACCGUAACGAACGGAAACGGGAAGGGGUGGUGGGACAUCUCGCUCUUCUUCUUAUUCUACUUGGGAGUCAUCUAUAAAGUAGAAAUGAAAUUACUUGAGAAAUAUGUGUUAAGAAGAAACAAGAUUACAUUGAAGCGGCGGGUGUGGUGACGGAAACGACGAAGGUUGAGGUUCUCAGUGCCGUUGCGCACGAGCUAGAAGAGUGUAUCGGUGAUGAAACUCAUUAGGAUCAGAGUAGCUAUUGAGAUUAAGAGACGCAUAGUGAAUCUAGAGACGUUGUUUUUGUUAAGAAUAAUCCAAAAAGAGUUUGUUAGAUUGAAUCUAUCAAAACUCACUAAAAAUCUGUGAUAAUUACGAAUAAGAAGUGAAAGGUUCUAGGUUAAGCCAAAGAAAACUACAAAUAUAUAUGUAAAUUGCUGUCUCUACAUUUAUUCUUGACGUCUUUUGGGGUAAUGAUGAAGUACAGUGCAUGGCGUCUAGCAUAGAGUCUCAGGUUCCAAGUCUAUGAUACAGAAUCUGAAAGUACAAAUAGAGGUGUCGAGAUUGUGGAGGGUGUUUUGGUAUUAAAAAAAGAUUAACAGUGGAUAGGAUAUUCUCCUAAUUUUGACAAUUUAUGUGUGUAUAGAGCCAAAUUUCUCUUUAUUUUAUAUAACGAAUAAAGCCACAUUUACAACCCAAAUAAACGUGUUAGUUGAUCGGUCGUUGUUGAAGAACAGCUACCAUCAAUUUCCAGAUGAGACAACCCUGAGGACUGUUUGUUUCAGAAUCGAAACUAAUACGUUUCUGUCUUGGGUAUAAAUUCUCUGAGCAACCCCAUCAUUGUGCUUAAAUCCAUCUCCAUCUCCGUUUUCGCAGUCUCUAGUUCUUUGGACAAAGCUUUGGCGAAUUUGCUGUCUAUUUCUUGGAGUUUGUACUCAACCACUUCCAGUUUCAUCUCAGCUUCAGCAAUGCAAGCAUGAAAGAAAAGAAUUCCGCCACGAAAACAGAAAAAGUUAAGAUUAUGUCUUAACAGGCUUUCAAGUUCAUAGCUAAGUGUCGGCUCAGGUGGUUUAUCACAUGCCUAUAUACAACAUCCAUCCCUACGAUGCAAUAUUCCUGAAUCCAGGGGGUUGUUCUAUGAUGAUGCGAACACAUUGCUAAUUUCUACCGCAGCCAAUCAGGUCUUUUCAUGGCAAACAUCUCCCUUUAACGCAGAUGUGUCUCCUUCAGUUGAUUCUAUAAGUGAAAGGCCUAUCCUAUUUAUCAAAUUCUAUGUUAAUAAAAAAGCCAUAGCUGUCCAAAGAUCCGAGUGUGAAAUACAGAUUUUUAUCGAGAAACCAAGCAGAUACUUACCCACAAAUGCAGGGCAGGAUCAGAGAGCGUUCUCGGAUUCUUUUGGAGUGACUCUCCACUAUGUGACCUUGCAAUUGUAAAGACCAGAUGGGGCUCUGUUGGCAUGGACUUGCUUGCUUGUAAUAAUUUGAUUGCAGUGGUAGCGUUGUCUCAUGUUUGCCUAAAGUCUAAGCACGAUGGAUUCGAUCCACAAGCCCACAAUGAAGCUAAACACUGAAAGAAAACAUAUAUCUUUUGAAACAUAACUGUUAAAUGCUGAAUUUUAUGAAGUUAUAACAUAAAGUGAUUAAUGAACAAACGUCUUAUCAAUUAAUUAUGCUUCCGCAAAGCACCAUGUUCAUUGCCCUAUAAAAUCAUAUCUCGUUCAUUGAUACCAAUCAAACAUCUACCAAUAUCAAAAGCAAAAGCAAAUAUGGCAAAGUCUAUUCACAUUGCAAUGUUUGUAUCCAUAGUAAUGUUCUUCACGUCACAUUUAAAUUCUUCCCAAGAAUUUGAUCAAUAUUCACAAGAGGUACCAGAAGAUGUGAAGAUAUCUCCUACAUCGGAUUUUGAUAUUUACGUCGAAUCUCCCGAUGAAUCUCUAUUUGAAGAAGUCGAUUCACCCGCAAUGGAAUAUGAGAUGAAGUCUGGACAUCAUUACACACACAAACAACUCGGUUUUCUUGAGGCUUGCUUUCAAAAUCUGAACUCAUUAGACUGUGGAGAUAAUAUUUUCAAGAACAUGUUAGAUGAGGCAGCACAAGGAUUAUCAAAUGAAUGUUGUCAUGAUCUGUUAAAGAUUAGCAAAGAUUGUUACCUAGGAAUGACUCAAAGCACUUUAUCGAGUUACGAGUAUAGAUUUAUUGUGUCUAAGGCUAUUCCCAAAAGUAAACAGACAUGGAAUGAUUGUGUUCGUAGAGUUGGGAACCAGAUUGGCAGCCCGAUCGCUUUUGAGGAACUACACUAAUUGAUGUUCCGGUGUGCUGAUGUUUUAUAUAUGUGAUUUUGUAACUCAGGCGUUAUGAGAGUUACCAUUAUAUAAAUAAAGCUAAAGAUCUUUUACAGAUCUUAUAUUAGUAUACGAAACUCAUUAGAGUAACAUGAAAGCUGAAUCAACUAUCAACAUUGGUGGUAUUUGUCUUUAGGUUUCUUUAAUGGAUAUAGAUAUCUGGGGACAACGCUAGCAGCUCUUAGUAAUUCGGCAUAUUUAUGGACUAUGAGCUCUUCGCUCUAAAUUACACAAUCCGACCCACCGUACCAUUUCAGAUAUCCAUACUCGCAAACCCAGUAGAGUUACAGUCUCUAUUGUACUUCUCCUUGCAUUCCUUCAGCCUGAUUCUCUAAUCCACAAUGGUUAUACUUGUCUCUGACAACGAUCAUGUACCUCAAGAGCAAAAAACCAUCUGGGUCGCCGCAGCUCAGUGGCGAGCCUCUCACACAAACCAUUGAACACAUCUACCAAAGCCAAUGUCGUGGCAUUCUUGGGAAUGAAACCUUUGAUACAGUUACAUGUCGGUAUUGUGCUAAUGUUAUAGUAAACAUUUUAUUAUCAUAUUUUUAAUACUAAUGAGGCAUGGUUUGAUUUUAAUUUGCAUAUUUUAUCUCUUAAUCCUGGAUUAUAUAUAGUUUUCAGCAUACAAGAAAAUGUUAUUUCCACAUUCUAUGACUUGUUUUUAGACUUUCAUCAAUUCAUUACAACAUAUUAUUGUUAUUGAUCGAUAACUUUAACUUAACCACGUGAAUUUUAUCCCAAAAAAAUUUACCAACUAAAAUUUAUUUUUUUAGAAAGAAACUAGUUUUUGAUCCGCGUUGUGCAGAUUUAUUUUUCAUUUUUACAUGUUUAUAUCUUUUAGAAUGCCAUGAAAUUGACUGUGUGUUUCUAUUGUGUUUAGUUUUUGGUCUUUCUAAUUUAUGAGAUUAUUUUUUCUUUAAACAAUGCGCGGGUUAUUAUUAAUUUUAUUUGAUAAAUUUUACAUUGAAAUAUAAUUAAAAUUUUAAGUAUACUUUUAGGUUUUAUCAGAUUUAAAGAUGGUCAUUUGAUUUGAAAUUUUUAUAAAAAUUCCAACUUUUAUUUUGGAAUUUUUAAAAGAAAUACAUGUUUAGCGAUGUGUGGUAUAUUUUAAUAAGAUAAAUAUAUUAAUCUAAUAUGGCAUAAUAUUAUGUAGAUAAUUAAAAUUUAUAUUUACAAUUAUGUAAUAUAAAACUAUAGAUAUUAUUAAAAACUAUAAUAUUUGUUGUAAUAUGAAUUAGUUUAAAUUAUGUACAACUAUUUGUGCAAAAUUACGUAGUUUGUAAAUGUGUAUAUGUGAUAAAACUAUAAUAAUACAUACUAUAUUUUAACUAAUAUUGGUUUAUAUAUUUAAUAUUUAAAUUGUCUAUUUCAUAUAACCAAAAAAUAAAAGAUUUAAAUUAGACAGAAACCAUUAAAAAAUAAAUAUAGUUUUUCAUUUGACCCGCAGUUUCAAAACGCGAGAUGUUUUAUAAAUAAUUAACAUAAUCUUUAAUUUUGGAAAUAAUAUAUGUUUUUGAAUUAUAUUACGUUUUUUAUAUUACCAUUAACAUUUAUUUUAAAUUUUGAAUAUUAAAUUUUAAAUGAGAAAUAAUUUUGUAAUUGUAACUAAAAUUUAUAUAAAUGUAACUUAUGAAAAUUAAAACAGUGUAACCCGGGGAAUUGCCAAAAAUAGCACUUUGACGAUACCACUUUUCACUUCUACCUUAAUCAACUUUGCCAUUAAAAUUUUAAUUGGCAAAUGACUAUUAUGUCCCUAAUUAAUUAAACUUAAACUAUUCAAUUAGAUAUGUUAUAUCUUCUUCCUCGAUGUGAGAUCCGGCAAGCUCCAGCGAGCUCCGGCAAAGGACGAUGAUUGGAGAUUGCUUUCGGUUCAUACACAGACUGGAACCGCAGAACGGUUUGCUAAAGUGAGUUGCUUUGAGACCCUGCUUGGCUCACCUACUUUUGUGGAUAUAAGAAACGGACGGCUAAGAUGCGUGGAGACUGGCCACGAAGUUGUAGUCGGAGACGAAGAAGCAUACGCUCGUAACAAACGGUGUCGUCUGGGACUCAUCGAUCACGCUCUAUCUCAUGGGAAAUCUCCUCUCACCAUGUUCUUGCAGUGCCUAAUUUCUCAUUCGAAGUUCGUGUGCAAGCUUAUUGGGGAUACUGUGAACAAGAACGAGGAACAUAUCUGGAAAUAUGUAAAUGGGAAGAGAUUUCUACACAGAUUAGAUUACUGAACAUGAUAUCAGAUUCAUUGACAUCUUGUACUGAUUCCAAUUUUGUCUCGUGCUUGUUAUUCCUGGCUUUUAAUGUUUUGGUGUUGAUGUAUCUGAUAGAGCAAGUGGAAAGAGGAGCUGGAACAAGCGGAAAGACCGAGAAAAUACAAGUAACCAAUAAACAUGGACACGUUAAGGAAGAAACUGACUCCAAUGAUUCAGAGUUUUGGAUGCUUAAGUCAAGUUUUGGUUCAGAGUCAGAGUAGGAGAGUGAUGAAGAAAACUGCAAAGGUUCUCAUUGUGAUGCCAAAGAAUAUGAGGAGCUCUCAGAAAGAACAAAGAGGAUGUCAAUAGAGAUUGGACCAAGUAUGAUCAUUACGGCAGCACCACUAUGAUCAUGAGGCUCAAGGCUACUAUUCAGUCUUUGGAAGGGCAGAUGAGUUCUGUUACUGAGAAGAGUGCUAAGUAUGCUCAGAUUGCUGCUGAGGAAGUGCCCAAGAGUCUUUACUGCCUUGGUGUUCGUCUCACUACUGAGUGAUUUCAGAACUCGAGUUACAGGGGAGCUCGCGGAGAGAAUCUAUGUUGUGGCUUUUAAGCUCACCGAUAACAGUCUUUACCAUGUCUGUGUGUUUUCUGAUAACAUUGUUGCUACUUCGGUUGUGGUUAACUCCACUGCUCUCAACUCCAAGGCCCCUGAGAAAUUCGUCUUUCAUCUUGUCACUAAUGCGAUAAAGUCAUGGUUUGCUAUGAACGUGGACAACCUCGGAGUCACUGUUGAGGUUCAGAAGUUUGAGGAUUUCAAAUGGCUUAAUGCUUCUUAUGUCCCCGUCCUCAAGCAGCUCCAAGACUCUGAUACGUAAAGCUACUAUUUCUCUGGACACACCGACGAUGGUCGCACACCGAUCAAGUUCAGAAACCCCAAGUAUCUCUCAACGCUCAAUCAUCUCAAUGCUCAAUUAUAUCUUUUUAUAAGGCCUUAUAAAUUGUGUUAUGAAGAUAUUAAAUUCUUAUAAUCUUUUGAAUAAACCCUUAUAAAUAGAUUUAUAAACUCUUAUAAAUAGAUUUAAACCGUGUAAAUUAAUUUAUAAACACUUAUAAAUAAAUGUAUAAACUCUUAUAAAUAGCUUAUAAGUUCUUGUAAAUAGUUUUAUAAACCCUUUUAAAUAGUUUUAUAAACCUUAAUAAAUAGUUAUAUAAACAUUUGUAUGUGUUUUAUAAAUUUUAUAGAUGGUUGAUACAAGGUUUUAUAAGCUCUUAUAAAAUUUAUAAAUGGUUCAUAAAUUGUUUUAUAAACUCUUAUAAAUGAAUAAUGUCAAGAACAAUGAAGGCGAAGAAGAAUCAAAUGGGGGGGGGGGGGAUGUUGGGUCAAAUUUAGGGUUAUGGUUUGGAGUUGCAAGAACAUUAUAAGCAGCAGAAGAGAGCACACUGGCAACAAUUCUCUAGGCAAGUGAUAUCUAUUGGAAUGUGAUUAGCAACUAUGUACAGAUACCAUUCAAACAAAAUCAAUGAUGUUCUUUGCUGUACUUUUAUUCCGAAAUGGCAAGGAGAACAUUAUAAGCAGCAGCAUAAGGCAUAUACUUGGAUGUUUCCAUCAAUAAUCAAGAACCAACAAUUUUAAAUAUUUUAAGAGCCUUCAAUAAGCCUUUAUAAAAUGUUUUAAGAUCCUUCAUAUAUGAAUUACCUUUCGAAAUUCUUCAAAUCCUUGUAACUGAUUUUAUAAACGCUUAUAAAUAAUUUUAAAUAUUCUUUUUUUUCCAACAAUUUUAAAUAUUCUUAUAAAUGAUUUAUAGACCCUUAUAAAAAGUUUUAAUAUAUUCUCAUAAAUGAAUUAUAACCCCUUAAAAACUAGUUAAUAAUUUAGACAAAAGUUUUCUACAAAUCUUUAUAAAUAUUUUAUAAAACCUUAUAAAUAUUUUUAAA